ACAAAGUUGAGAGGUCUUCAAACAUGGCGGGCAGUACAUCUCCGGUUUCGAAGCAGGCAUUUCACGAGACCUACGAGCUAAAGGAAGAACUGGGAAAGUAAGUAGCUCUGCAGAUCAGCUUUCACUGGAAGUGGCUGUAGAAUUUAUUCUUAUUUUACGGUUGUCCUUCGCAGAGGUGCAUUCAGUAUUGUUCGUCGAUGUGUACAUAAGGAGACGAGACUUGAGUAUGCCGCCAAAAUUAUCAACACCAGAAAAUUAUCAUCCAGAGGUAAGAAAACCGGAUUUGGUUUUUUUUCACAUUUACUUUAGAAUUGAAGCUUUUAUUAUGAACUUGUUAUCGAAAGGCGAGGUACUAAAGUUAAAAAUUGUUUUUAAUUUUUUGAAUGAACUUGCAGCAAAUUUUAUUUGGAAUCUUUUCGGGAUUCUCUACUUAGAAGAGCGAAGAAAUAAAUUUGUCAGGAAACGACUUAUUUUCUAUGGUUUUUUUUGUAUUGCUGUGGCAAGGUUACUCUUUUGCAUCUACUGAAUUCGAACGUGUCUCUUAUUUUCAAGGAUGUAAAGAAUAUUUCAAAUGAGGAAUGAUUCAAAGGGAAAUUGUUUAUGUUAUUUAGAGGUCGCCUACAAGGUGUAUUUUUGGGAAUAUACUUUGUAUUAGUUUUCGAAAAGCACGGACAAAUGGCUACCAUAAAUGAUACAUCGAAAUCUAAACCAGAUGUUGCUGUCGAUCGAAAGUUUGAUCAGAGUGAAUUAAAUAUUUUAAUGCCAGAAAGAGCCAAACAUCACUUCACAGUGGGAGAGUCCGCGUAGAUUUCACCUGUGCGCGCUCUACACUCUGAUAUUUACUCAGAUAACUUCUCUAAUAUAUUUUACUCCUCAUUCAUUAGAUCUUCAGAAGCUCGAACGAGAAGCCAGGAUAUGCCGCCUACUAAAGCAUCCUAACAUUGGUGGGUAUGGAAUAGGUUUAAAUUACGGUAAAUAUCACGCGAAGGAAAUUGGAAGGUUCACAAAUUGAGAUCCUUGUAACUUUGAAAAUGUUCUUUGUAAUGCAUAAUUUUCUUAAUAUAUAUGUUAGCCAGAGAGUUAUAUUGUUUCUGGACGGGUGACUUUCUAGAAGUCUUCCGUAAUUUUAUUCGCGGGUCCAUUUUACGCCUUUAGACGAACAGCGGCUUAAAUGUCUUCAAACGGCGAUCAGCUCAACAACUGUGUAAACACAGAAAAAUACAUUUAAUACAUGUCAUCAGCGGUGCGCACGGCAGCAAGUCACUCUAUUUAAGAGGUGAUAUGUUGAAAUUCCCUCGCUAAGAGACAGAAACAACUCAUAAUUGUCAACAUGAAGUUUUUGCAUGUGAAGAUGCAAAGCCUCUCCCUUUAUAUAAUGUCGGAGGCGUGUGAAUUUGAAUGUUAUUGAUUCGUUUGUGUUGUUCAUGUCAAACUGUGAUGACUUCCCACUCAUCAUCAUCAAACCCCGCAGCCCUGCACGGUAGCGAUCUGUCGUUGGUUUACGACUCCGUAGUUGUUAAUUUGAGCUAUGACACAAAUUUACAUCGGCAAGAACUGUCUGGAUUUCUGCUUCAGAUAAGAUUCCUCUUUUCGGUUUGCGGAGGUGGUGGAGUUGAUUGCUUUUUAAUUUAGUGAGACAAAAACUUUUACCCAGCUGCAGGUUAUCCGAAUUUACGAGAAAAACUUCUUUCCUGUUUUUGAAGAUAAAAAGAAGUAUUUUUUCUGUAGCUAAGGUGGAACCUAAUUGUUUCCUUUUGUCGUCUUGUAAUUAUAAAUGUUCUAAAUACUAUGCUUCCAUAUUUUCCUAAGACAAUUGACGCUCAUGAAUCGAUUUCGCGGGAAGAGUAACUCGAUAUGUUAUGUGAAACAAAUUUCGAACAUUACAUCGUUUUGCACUCAUUUUUUAUAUUGCGUUUUGUGGGAGAGAAUUCCGAAAACUUAUGAUGAGUAAAAUUUCGAGAAAAUACAUGUUUUCUUUGAGCUGACUUUUGUCUCAGCAGCCAAUAAAUCAAAAGCGUCGUGCUGCGCAUACAUUUUAUAGAUUUAUUUAUUGAAUUUACAUAAAUGAAUGCUGUUCUCUGCGAAUCCGAUGCAUUUUUAAUUCCUUCUUUGCAAAUAAUUGAUAGGCAGUACGUCGCAUAGGAAGCAUAUUGAACAAGAGAUGUGUGCAUGUGAGUCACUGAUAGAGAGAGAGCAAGACUGAAUCUGUCAACCAUUGAGAACCAAAAUUAGGCGGGUAGAGGAAGACGUCAAAACUUGAGACAAAUUGAGUGUAAUUAAUGAAGUUGGAUCAGUCCAUCAAUUUCCUAAUAAUUUUUCAUUUGCUUGGGACAAUAUGGCAAAUGGAAGUUCUCUCUGAGGUCUGUUUAGGAUGAGUUUUAAGCUAUCUUAUUGCCAUGUUGGCAGAAUGUUUGAGCUGAUCAGAAAGGUUUAUAGGAAAACAUAUACUCAUGUUAAUCAUCAAGAAUUGUAGAUUAAAUAAAAUGUUUCAAGAUUAAAGGUAACACAUGGGUAUAGGAUCAAAGUAAUUAGCACUUAUUAUGCAAUUUGCUCCAUUUUCUUUUUCUCCUUGAGCACUAUUUUAUUUAGUGCAAAUUAGUUGACCUUCAUUUCCAUUAAUUUGCCAAAUCUUUUUUUUUUUUUUUUUUUAAUCAUAUGAUUAAUUUUUUUUCUUGAGAGGAUUGUCCUACUUGAUAUUUGGGUUCCCUGAGAACAAGAUAUAUCUUAGAGAAAUUAAUUUCAUUUUUCUUAAGAGUCAGUUUCUACUAGUUGAAAAUUCUUUCAUUCAGUAUAUGUACAUUUGUAUUUGUAGCAUGAUAAUUACAAUUAUUGUGACCCAGAUGUCAAAGGAAAUGUCAAAAUUUGUCUUCAGCUCAAAGGGAGCAAUGUGUCAUGAAAAGGUCAAUAUCCAUAUGGGAUGUGACUUUAUGCUGUUUAUUAUUCAUCAAAGGGACAUGGAUGUAUGCUGUUUUAAAGAUGUUCUUUAAUUUAUUUGUUUUGUAUGUCUACUGAAGGUGCUUUUUAGAAUGAUUUUCUUUUUCAUGCUUGUUGUAAAGUGCAAACAGACAUUUGCUCAGCAUUAGUAAAUAAAUAAAUUUAGUGAUUGUGAUUAUCUGAAAGCAAGUAUGUCAGAAAUGUUCUGAUUGGGGUGAUCUUAUCUUUACAAGGUACAUGUACAUCCUCAUGAAUUUAGAAUUGUUCUUCAACCAUCACAUGUACUUAACUCUUUACUUAGCCCUCGAAAAGCUGUUUUCAUAAGAAUAUAAGCAAAGUAACCUGAAAUAAUUUGAUAAGUUUACAUUGAAAGCCAAUUAAAGGAUUUAUAUUUUUAGAAUACAGAACAAAAAGAUAAUUCAAGCCUAUUUGCUGUUCCUGGUAAAUGGAAAAUAAUUUUUGCCUAUAGGGGAUAUACAGCACAACUUUUUUCCAACUCUUUUAAAUGGUCAAAUUGAUCCGUAUUAUCUUGGACACUUUAUCGUGUGGGAUGGGCAGCAGAAUGUUUUUUAUUGGUUAUGACUUGUUCGGAAAUGUAAUGAAAAGUCCAGAGAGUAUGCUAUUUUAAUGAAAGCUAUCAGAAUUUAUGUUUCCAGCCCUCUCUCACAAACAAAAUAUUGAUUUAGGCAUAAAUUACAUUAAAUUAAGGUGGUUCUGAAAAGCUAGGGUUAUUUGAUUCUUACAGUGGAACUCUACAGAGAGAUGCAUCUUCAUAAUUAUUCUUUUUAUGAUUUGAUAUUCACAUGUAAAAAUCAGGGGCUAUGGAACUUGUUUUUUGAGUUAAGGCUCACCAAGUUGAUAUUUUAGAAGGAGGCAUUAUUGCCAUGGUUGUUUCAUAGGAUGAUGAAAAGACCUUGACUUGAUUAAGUGAUGUUUGAGAAUUUGUUUGAGUUUGAUUGAAGAUCCUAUAUAAUUUUAUGUCUUAAUUAAGCACUCACUUUGCCAUGUCUUGUAAACUCAGUUUACGAUCUGGCAGUGUAAGCCUCAGUUUAAUUUGAUUUUGUCUCAUAUCCUUACAGUUAGACUUCAUGCUAGCAUUGCAGAAGAAGGAUACCACUAUCUAGUGUUUGACCUGUAAGUCUUGACACCUACAAUGCAAUAUCUGUUUUGUGUUGUUGAAUAAUGGUGCCUCUUUAAUAGAGGAUAGACUCCUAGAAUGGUCAGGAGCUUUACAAGUGUUUUCCAGGGAUUUUUAGUGUCCAGCCAUUAAAAAAUGGUGUGAGUUUAAUUCAGAUCCAGGCAGGUAAUUUACUGCUUUGUCUGAUAUAAGUAUGGGUGCUUUCAAAGAGAACCCAGUGUAAACACCUGUUGCUGGUGCCUCUGGAGAACACUACUAUUAAUGAUAAUUGAGACUAGUAGAAGCUUGUACAUUGUGUGCAUUAUACACCAUCCAGAUAACCAAGGUGUUUAGCAAUUGGAAAAAAAAAGGGAAGAAAGUUUAUGGGAAGGGGAGUAAGGGGAUGAGACAGCAAGUUGGUGACAAAUCUACUUAUAGUACUCUUUGCCAUAGUAUGGCUUAUGUGAUAACUGAGUUUAAAGGUACCUGAAUCUUAGAGAUGCUUACCACUGUUCAUAUUUCUAUACUGUGUUGUCAACUUAGUCUGAAUUGCAUUUCAUGGUGCUUGAUGUUGUUAAUCAUGAUGCAUUCUAACAUAUUUUUAUUUGUACUGCAGAGUAACAGGAGGAGAAUUGUUUGAAGACAUUGUUGCAAGGGAAUACUAUAGUGAAGCUGAUGCAAGGUAGAAAUAUUUUCUAUUUUAAUUGAUAGGUGGCAUAAGUGAAUUAUUUUAAGAGUUGCAAAAGGUUUCCUAAUGUUCCUUACCAUUAAAAGUGACCAAUAUUGACAAACAUAAUGGAAAAAUUUUUCUAAAAUUAAUACUUUACAUAAAGAUCAAAAAAGGUAAAGUUAUAACUGAAAAUACCCAAGGGGUGAAAGUUUUCAUCAGAUCAAGAAAUAAUCUCGAGGAGAAAAGAGGAUAUUUAGUGGAACAAUGCACUGUAUAUUAAAAUUAAACUUGACGUUCCCUUUAUUUUCUCUCUUUAAGUCACUGCAUACAGCAGAUACUUGAAAGUGUUCAUCACUGCCAUCACAAUAAUGUAGUUCAUCGCGAUUUGAAGGUAUAAGUUCUAUCUCUUCUUUAUCAACUGUAAUGAUUAUUUACAAAGGUUGUUUGUUUUAUUAAAUCACAAUUAUUGAUUCAUGAGCUGCAUAUAUGAAAAUUAGAUUUGAUUUUAUUCAUUUUGUUGUACUCGUGUGUAGCCUGAGAAUUUACUUCUUGCAAGUAAAGAAAAAGGUGCAGCUGUCAAGCUAGCUGACUUUGGGUUAGCGAUUGAGGUGGAUGGUGACAAACAUGGCUGGUAUGGUAAGUGUUGGUUGUGAAUGUGUGAUUUGGAACACAAUGGAAGCCACAGACUCUGUGAGGUGAGAUUUCUAAACCUCAUCAGUACCUUACUUCAAGCUACUUGUAAUUAUCUUUUGAUGUUAUUUACAUCAGGUUUCUUAAUGAGCUGGCUUUUAAAGUUUCAAAGUAUAGGGCUGUUAAAUGUUUGAUUGGACUAUCAGACUGUAAUCACCAAACUAGAAGGAAGAGAGGAAUUGGUGGAUGCAUUAAUUUUGAGUGACAUACUUCAUAAUCACUGCAAAGUACAGUCACUUCAGGCUUUUUUCCACACACCUAUUCAACCCAACAGUCACUAAAUCACUCAACUUUGGCUUACUAAAAUUUAACUUUAAUCCUGAGUGUUACUUACUGAUGCCUGUUCUGCAGAAAUAUCUGAUGACAAUGCCAGGGGCUACCAGUAAUUUUCACGUUCAUAAGUCGUUCUGGGAAUGCAACUCUUUAAAACACUGUACAGGUGCUCUUAGACUGGUUUUAAUUUUGCAAUUGUUUGUCCUUUGUAGGUUUUGCAGGAACACCAGGUUAUCUCUCUCCAGAAGUCCUCAAGAAGGAGCCUUAUAGCAGAUCUGUGGACUUAUGGGCAUGUGGUAAGGGAAUUGGAUGCCAGCCCAUUCAAUGCUACUUCUUGAAUUUUGUUUAAAAUUGCAGAAACAUGUCUUCUGGCUCAGGCUUUACAUGACACUUUGCUUGAUGCAACAUAGAAGUCAUGUACAGCUGCACAGUACUUAAUGUACUCUCAAAGAUGCAGUAUGCAUAUACUGUAUGCAUAUAUAGUACCUUGAUGUGGUAAAUUGUCAGAAUUUUAUUUUUAUUUUACUCUGUCUUAUUACAUCGUUAGUGUUACUGGAUGGUUUAUUUUCAGGUGUUAUCUUGUACAUUCUACUUGUUGGUUACCCUCCAUUUUGGGAUGAAGACCAACACAAAUUGUAUGCUCAGAUUAAGGCUGGCGCUUAUGAUGUGAGUUGAUUCAGUUUGGCUUGUAUUCUAUUUAUUUUAACCAUUGGUGUUUUGUCUCUUUGUUUUUAAUGCUGAGAAACUAAAGAUCAAUUAACAAAUAACUGACUCAUAAAUUUAAAAUCUUAUGCUUAGGAAAAUUCAUCCAGACCUUAUGAGUGUGGCAUUCACCGUUUUUCCUAGGGAUUGGGUCUAGCUCAUCCAUUCAUUGCAAAAUUCAAACAUUGUAGGACCUAAUCUCUUCUUCUUCUCUUCUAUUAAAGAUCAAGAACUUUAUUUAACUGCGACAAAUCAUCCAGUUGAGACAAAUAUUUAUGAUUGACUGAUUCAUGGUGGUGCCAUUGAUAAUAUUUGCAAGUGAAUGUUUUUGGAUAUUUCCUAACCUUUUUGUUGUGUUUAGUAUCCAUCCCCAGAAUGGGAUACAGUCACAGAUGAGGCAAAGGUCAGUGAUCCUUGGAAGUCCAUUACCCUCUCUCUUUCUCAGUGUUUCUUUGCCUGUGAGUCGAUAUACGGGCCUUGAUCAAAGCGAGCCGGCGAGAGGUUUACAAGGGGUCAGGCACUAGAAAUGAUUAAUUCGAGACCUCUUCUCAAGGGCUCAAACUAAUUUGCGAGCGAAGAAACGCUCUUACUGAAGCACUAAUUGUGAAGGCUUCUUAGAAGGUUAUAUUAAAUAAUAGUGGGCUGGAAUCCCGCUGUAUCUUACUCAGAGUCAAGCGACUGAUAAGGUGGCAAUUGGAUUCGUCAUGACACAGUUCCAUGUGCACAAUACUGAAAUAGGAGAUAAAGACACCUAUGAUAAACAGUUAGAUUACUGAGGCUACUCCCUGUCCAUCACGGAAUAGAUAGCAAGUAGCCUAGCCAAUCAGUUUUCAGUAUUUGUGAUAGAAGACGGCUAGAAGGCGAAGGCCUUACCACGGGUGGCACGAAAAAAAUUCCAGACCGCGGUCUCUCUGGUAAAAAAAACUUGAGCGCUUAUGGGUGCGCGAUUAGCCAGUCAGAUUCGAGAAUUUAAGAUUACGAGUUACUCAAUGUGGAAGAGACGCAGUCCUCGCCUUAUUUCCCUAUUAAUUUGGAAAUUGUGUUUGUUUGUUUGUUUUUUUUUUUACACAGGAGCUCAUUAACACUCUGCUAUGCGUUGAUCAGUCCAAAAGGAUAACAGCUACAGAAGCGCUGAAACAUCCGUGGAUCGUGGUAUGUCUCUGUACCAACGUCAGUUUGGUUUUUCGCCUUUUCCAGCGCAUCAGGCAAUCUUUCUGUUUGUGCUUUGAAUUUUGAUAACCUUAUUGUGAUGGUUCUUUUGUUCUGAAUAUCCGUUGUGGUGAAUGUAAUUUAGGUUUUUCAACACUCGAUCGACAACCACCACUCUGAAAGCGGUAAAUUUAGGUUAGUGUAAAUGACAAAAUUGAUGAAUUUCAUCAUUUAGAACCGUGAACGUGUGGCUUCCAAAGUACACAGACAAGAAACGUUGGACGGAUUGAAGAAAUUCAAUGCUAGAAGGAAACUUAAGGUAAUAGCUGUUUUUUCAGGAAUGAAAGCUGAGAACUUCGCAAAAGGAAAUGAAGUAAUGAUUGAAGUUCACAGAUUAAUACGAAGGGAAUUAAUCUUUCCGCAACGGAAAUUGAGUUAUUAAAUCUGCGGGAGAAAUUGUCACCCACGCGCUAAACGUUAAAUGACUUUGAAACUUGAUUUUGAUUCCAGUUGAUUCGUUAACAGGAACUGAUUGAUUUUUAUUUUGAUUGGGUUCUGUGUGUACUGUACACAGCUGUAUGUGUUCUAUUUUGCUUCGUGUAUCAAUUGCCGAGAUAAGUAAAGGCUUUCUUUAUCAGCAGGGAUCACAUGAAGAUUUUGCUGUAGUGAGAGAAGAAGACUGAGCAAUACAAAUUGCUUGAAAUGAAUGUUAAGCUUCACUUACAGACCGUUGUAAACAAACAGAAUAACAAAGAGACUAACGGACAAACAAAUGAGAAAACAAACAGAGAGUUACGACUUUGAAAAGCUGUAUAAUUUAUUAACACUAAGCUGUUUUUAAGGCCGGGUUUCUCUUUAAUUCGCCCUCUGAGAAUGUUGUUUAAUCAUUUGUUCUUUUCUUUUUCUCUUAUUCUCAUCUUAUGUCUUUCUUUCCUGACUGAGAUUUGUUUGAUGUUUCUUCAGGGCGCAAUUCUGACCACUAUCCUGGCAACGAGUAAUUUUAAUCUUUCUUCAGGUAUAAUUACUAUUCUGCUUGGAGUUUCAUUGAUGUCACAAUAUUGUUGUUGUUUCAGGGCGCCAUCUUAACAACCAUUGUGGCUCGUAGGUUUUCUGCUAACUCAGGUAAAUCACGUCACAAUAAAUAUAAAUGCUUUAAACGUAAAUAUUUUGUGUCGAGUCGUAGAGGAUUUAAAAACUUUAGUGGACAUAAACCUUUUACUAGUUGAAUUUACCUAAACCCAUUGAGAUGCUUAAGUUUCCAAGCCCUUUGAAAAUAAAGAAGCGAAUUUCCAAUAGAGAUCAAGUCGUAAGAACGGAUACAGGAAAACUUUUCCUAGAAAAAACCCCAAUGGUAUAGUUUUUCAUAGGUAUUAAGAGAUUAAGUUGACUUUUUUUCAUGCAUGUGUGUUUCUGAAUAAAUCGUUGCAUAAAGUGGUAAAAUACUGAACACUUGCGACAUAUCUGUGGUCAUGUUUAGUAUCUCAGUGUUACGUUCCAGCCCUAAAUGGCGUAUUAGUGACAGUCUUAUAAACGAGACUAACCAAUCAGCAACCUCAUCUGACCAAUCGCGAUGCCUGCAGUCAAUGCGUUGAACUGGAGCCGAGGGCGGGAAGCCUUAGUUUGCAGCAUGUUACAGUGUCGACCUUAAAAAUGUUUAAAAUUGUCCAAUUGAGAAAUAACUCUCGUAAAGCUUUCUUUGGUUACAGGAGUUAGCUUUCGUUCGCUUAUCUUUACUUGUUAAUUUUGAGGUUAACGUCACAUCUCGGUAUAGACCAUGUAGUAACAUGCAUAUGGUACACCGUAAAUUACACGGCUCUUCUUUAAAACAGGAAAAAAAAACCUCUUAAUGCUUAGGACAUUUGCGAUAAGAUGUACACUGGCGGUUAAAGCUUCCUGUUGGUCUGACCGCUUGGUUGUGUUACGACGAAAGAUCCUAAAGUUACGAAAAUAUGAUGUCGUGGUAUAUGGUAUAUAAACGCUAAAUUCAAAUAAAAUGUUAAAAUCUUAGAAGAUGUGAGCCCUGUAACCAUUUCUCUUAAUUCAUCUCAUUUUGUACUAAUCUAAUGUGGCCCAAACACGCUGCUCUUCAUUUGAACCUCAGCUGUUUCACAUCCGCGCUGCUAAUAUACAAGACAGUUUGUACUUUGUUAUUGGUCUCAAAGAAAUGAGUUUAUUGACAGACUUCAACCCUCACGCCCCGGGCUGAGUUAAUGUCUUAAAAUGAAGGCUUGAAUUGGGGGAAAAGGUUGAUCCCGUCCUGGAAAGGGUAGUUCAGAGAAGGACUGGUGUCGGUUAUGGGGCGUGGUGUUUCAAAAACCUGAGAGGAAAUUCACAUCUUAAUCAAGCGGAGAGUUAUUUUUUAUUGACAGGAUCUAACUCUUUCACUUUCUAUGAGUGACCUAAGAGGAAUUUCUUCUUAAAAAGUCGAUUUGAAUGUAUCUUAAAGCUGGGGGUGAUGAGAAGAAACGGAUGGGCCGAUUUACAGAGCCACUGAAAGUGAUGAAAAUGUCUUACAGACUUUUCUGAGGAAAGAUAUUUAGAUCUUGGAAUUGAAAGGGUUAAGUCUGGUUAGUCGAGAAUCAUCGGCCAGUAAUAACAAAUCUUAAAACAUUCAAAAUUUGGUUCCUUUCAAUCAGACUUGAAAACAAGAUGAUGUGUGAAAUGAGAUUGAGAUAAACAACAGUUCAGUCUACAAACAUACAAAUGCAUCGUUUCAGGUUUUGCUUAAGCACUUCUCAUCUCAUUAUCAUUAUUAGGAUUGCUAUCAUCACCAUUAUUGCUAUUAUUGCUAUUAUUAUUAUUAUUAUUAUUAUUGUUACAAUUGUGAUUGUUGUUUUUUAAGCAAGUAGUAGUUUGUAUCAUUGUUAUUUUCAGUUCGACCUUUUGUCAGUAAGAAAAAGGGAUCGGAUGAGGAACUUACGGUUCAUUCUGAAGAUGAACAUGAGGUUGACGUGUCAGCAAAUAAAGGUUUGUAAUUAAUAUGCUCCGUUAUCUAAUCCAAAGACCGAUCUUUAUGGUCUAAGGUUUCAAGGCGUACUCAUCCUGUUUUUUUUUCCUUUUUGUGAGCGUUUACUCAGAAGGCCGAAAAACUCAAAAUAUUGCACGUUCAACGCAUUUAAGGUCAGAACUGCUGGUCACUCGUAGUCUCUCACGGGCUCAUCAAGCAACACUCUUCUACUUCCUGUGAUAAUUCAAGGAAGGGCUGCUUCAGACCGUAUUUUAAAAUGUUAUUAUUUCAAUGAAAAUACAAGAAUAAGCGCUGUGUGAUGUUUAUUUGUCUCACAGAUCUUUGUCAAGAUUGAUUAUUUUGCGCCCUUACCUUUGUGUCACUAAAUUAUUUAGCUUACAUGAACAUUUUCUUUCAGCCAAAGAACAGCACAUCAUUCAGCUUACUCAGAAGUUGAUAACUAGUAUCACGACUGGGGACUUCGACACCUACAGGUAUUUAUUUUUGUUAGAUACCGUUAAAAUAUGACAGGUUUUUCGUCAACACUUGUUACUGGCACCUGUGUAGUUUCUUGUCGGUUCUUCUCCUUUUUGAUCUCCUGGUAAUUUGCUAAGCUUUUCCAGCUUUUCUGCUCCACACAAAUUGACACUCCAAAUGUCAGUUAGACUAAGAAACAGUGAACGAGCUGGUCCUUGGCCGAGUUCUUUUCAGGAAAAUUGUGGUAAAUCCUACUUCAUUUAUUUCACUUAAUUGUUGGCUACCUAAGCUUUGAUUAAAUCAAACGUUAUGAGAAAGAUUUGUUCCCACGCUCGUGACAAGACGAAAAAAACAUCUUUCUCUAUUUCUUUACCGUGCUCAAAACCUACCAUCUCUUUUAUUUCUAUCUAAAAACAUUACGCUAUCGACAUUGCUGAUCCUAGCAGUAUGCAGGACGCGUGUCAUAAAAUUAUGAACUUCGUAAUAGACCUCACUUACCGUGGAGUCUCUGUGGCUCAGUGGUAGAGCAUCGGAGCGCGGAAUCCGAAGGUCUGAAGUUCGAUUUCUCAUGGGGACUUAGAAUUUUUUCUUUGUCCCACGCUGGUGAUAGUAAAUGUUGUUGCUUUGAUCUGUUGCAGCAAAUUAGUAGACCCACAUGUGACAGCGUUCGAACCUGCAUCUAAUGGCAACUUAGUUGAAGGCUUAGAGUUCCACAAGUUUUAUUUUGACAAUUGUAAGUCGAAUUUAUUUACUUUUUCGUCUGGUUCCCUUUGUUCUCUGAUUUUCCUUUUAAUUCCCCGAAAUAGAAAUAGCAUGUUUAAGGUUUUACACAUCACGGUUUUGCACAUCACGGUGUUGCACGUCACAGUUUUGCACAUCACAGUUUCGCACUUCACUGAUUCGUAUUUUUCCCUGUUAUCUUCAUGUCGUCAAAUUUGAGCCACAUGUUUGUAGGGUCUGUUACAGUAAACGCGAAUGAACUUAAGAAAUCUUGCAAACUUUUUUUCUUUCCCCUAGACCUUUUUUAAUUUAGAAAUUAACUUACAGGAAGAAAAUAAGGAACUUUUUGGAGACACGGACAGAAACUGGGAGGUCCUCGUUUUAUCAUCUCAAACCAAAUGAUACACACCGAAAAACACUUAAGUAUGCGCCAGGAGAAAAGAACUCUCAACUUCCAGUAGCCGUGCGCGUCUCCAAAACGUCGAUGCUGAAGCUCUCUUUUAUAAACACCAGAUGAACUAAUUUUUGUUAUCAAUGAAUCUCGCUCCGACAGUUUAUAGUAUUGCAUGAUUAUUCUUUUGAUGAUUUAAAACUAGAGGACUUGGAGAGCACUGCGUCUCUUUAAUAAUGGAUUUUUUCCUAUUUUUUAUUUCAAUUUAUUUAGUGCUAGGCAAAAGAGCAACUCCAGUCAAUACAACUAUUUUGUCGCCCCACGUACACAUGCUAGGAGAUGAAGCUGCUUGUAUCUGCUACGUUCGGCUUCAACAGUUCAUAAGCAGGUGAAAACUGGUUACUUCAAUCCAAACAUCUAUCCCAUAGAAGUUUUAAUAGUCGUGAUAUCUCAGAAAUGUAAUUCUAUUGAAAUGCUCUGAGGUUAAAAACGAUUUUUGUCAGAAAAAGCCUUUCUUACGAAGUUGGUUGAUCGGUUGGUUGGUUGGUAGGAUAAUAGAUUGCUGUAGGUAAAUCCUGUUUAGAGGUAUUUGUGAUGGUAAUAGGACUGAGUGCUGAAAUCGGGCAGGUGAAAACCAAUUACGCUCCUGAAUUUCGUCACAAUUUUGAUUGACUGUACGUCCUUUUCUUUCGUAGUGCUGGUGUACCAUUGACAAGGCAGACCGAAGAAACACGAGUCUGGCAGAAAAAGUCUGGACAUUGGAUCAACGUACAUCUACACAUAUCAAACGCGACAUGCAGUCCGAAAAGUUAAGACGAGUUGGCUGCACAUGGUAAUUCCUGACGUCAUUGUAAUGGCGGAAGUACUUUAGCGUAUAGCGCUUUGAAAUAAUACACGAACUGAGUGGCACGUGACUACGCAGGACGCCCGCAAUACAUGAUGGCCAUUGACUUUUGUCAAACUAGUAAAAUUGAAUCGCAAAAAGGUUGCUUAUACUAGAACAUAAUGCUUGUUUUAAACUGUAUCAACUUGUAUUUUAAGAAAUAAUAUUACUGCGUUCUGCCGCACCAUGAAGUAAUAUCCAGCUUUUGGUCAUGCUUUUACAGGAUGUUUGGUAGAUUUUAUUUCAGGGUUGUAAAUACUAUCUAAAGUAACAAUAGGUUUCUUUCAAUGCUGCAAUGUAGUUAUGAAAACAGUCACUUUUUCCAAUGAAGGCCAUGGAAAUGUAGGCCGACUAGGAAGUUAUUUAUUUAUUAAUUUUUUCCCGAAUUCUGGGAUUAUUGUUGCAUACAAUUGUUGGAAAUGUUGGAAUUUUUCUCAGUGUGUUAUUUGAAUGUAGAUUAUGUAGGUGUGGUAAAAGAAAAGUUGCGUGAUACAAUAGAAUCUAAUUUUUAAUUGAAUUUAGGAAUUUUAAUUUUAAAAUGUAAUAUUUGGGGUAUGAUGAGUGUUUAACUACUUCACAAAAAUAUUUUACAAGUUGUUCUAGCUUGUUAUUGAAUUACAAACUAUAUGGCGCAAAACAAAAUUUAUCUGUUAUAAACAGUAAACUCAAUAGUAGGAGGGAAAUAUUUGGCGCUUAAAAAGGUUUAACAGUUUUAUUAUUAUUAUC